AUGAAAGAGCUACACGACAAGUAUGGUGAUGUAGUUCGAAUGGGACCGUCAAUUCUGGUCUAUCGAAGUCCGCAGGCCUGGAAGGAUAUUUACGGCCACCGCAAGACCGGAGCGGGCUCAUUUCUGAAAGAUCCCACUUCUAACCACUCAAGAACGAGAAGAUUACUGUCGCAUGCGUUUUCGGAAAAGGCUUUGCGAGAACAAGAAGGCCUGAUUCAAUCUUAUGUUGACUUACUGGUCGAUGGAUUGAAUAAAGAGAUAUCCAGAUCACAAGAUACUGUUGACAUGGUUCGGUGGUAUAACUACACAACCUUCGAUAUUAUCGGCGACUUGGCAUUUGGAGAGCCAUUUGAUUGUUUAAAGGAUAACAAGUAUCACCCAUGGGUAUCUAUGGUCUUUGCCAGCGCGAAAGGAGUAUCACUUAUGCGGCCCCUUGCUAUAUACCCAUCGUUAGCGCCGAUUGUGAAGAAAUUACUACCCAAGAAAGUUAUGGAGAAUAGAUUGAAACAUUAUCAGAUGAGUGAAGCGAAACUUCUUCGCCGAAUCGAAACAGAGACAAACAGACCAGAUUUCAUGACUUAUGUCAUGCGCCAUACUGAUAAUCGUUCGCUGUCUGUUCAGGAAAUGAAGGCAAAUGCUGGUCUUUUGAUUAUUGCUGGGAGUGAAACGACUGCUAGCUUGCUUUCUGGCUUUACGUACUACCUUCUUCAGAACAAAAGCGCGUACCAGAAACUUCGAGAAGAGCUUCGGGGAGCAUUUCAAUCCUAUGACGAGAUCAACUUCAAAGCUGUCAUUGGGUUGCCAUAUUUGAAUGCCUCCCUUGAAGAAGCUCUUCGUAUGUAUCCGCCACUCCCUGCAACACUACCACGUAUCGUGCCAAAGGGAGGGUCAGUCAUUGAUGGAGAAUAUGUUCCGGAAGGAGUUUCCGUUGGUGGAGCUCAUUAUUCUACAUACCAUGCCGAAUGCUAUUUCGCUGAUGCCGAGUCUUAUAUUCCAGAGCGAUGGCUGGAGGACAGAGAAGCACGCUAUGAGUCUGAUGACCGUGCGGCCCUUUCGGUAUUUUCACUCGGACCCCGAAAUUGUAUUGGUAAAAACCUCGCAUAUGCAGAGAUGAGACUUAUCGUGGCCAAAGUUUUCUGGAGUUUUGACAUGAAACUGGAUGACAGCACAGCUGGAUGGGCCGAUCAGAAGGCCUAUAACAAUUGGGAAAAGCAACCCUUGAUGGUUCAUUUAUCGAAGGCCUAG